UACGACACAGAAACGACACAGAUACAAGUACAACACAGAUUCGACAAAGAUACGACACAGAUACGGAGACACAGAUACAACUCAGAUACGACCCAGAUACGACACAGACACAACACAGGAUUACAGAAAUUCUCGGAGUAUUUUCACCCGUCCGUUUUCUCUGCUACAAACCUACUAGGAGUGAUCGGGACACAGCGCAGCAUCUUUUGUGUCGACAAGAACUGUGUAACUCGAGGGAAAACGUGAAAAGGGAAGACCAACACACUUGGAUAUAAUACUACUAGAUUCUAGAUCUACUACUACUACUAUGGCUAAACCGAAGAAUCUGGACAAGCUGAUCCUGUCUGUGAUCGCCACUGUGAUAUCGGUCACCGCCUGGUCACUCAUCUUGGCGGGCUCGUUCGUGCCUCGGUGGGCACGUCCGCUCAACGUGAGUCACACUGACGCCAACACCACGUACAGCCUGUGGGGAAGGGAGGACUGUUACGGCGUCAUCUGUACCACCGAGUAUAGGUAGGACCACA